CUGUGCGCCCCGGCGCGAGCAGCCAGCCCGCGGGCGCGCUUGCCCAGCACUCGGGCGGUGACAUCCCCGGACUGGCGUUUGGACUUGGGGCGCCGGGGGUGGGGUGAAAACACAUUCCUGAGGUUUUACUUUUUCCGUUGGUUUGAUCUCCCGCGUCUCAGCUUCUCCGGCUAUGCUUUUUUCAGUAGCAGGGAUGCUUCAGGUCGUUAGCCCCAGUAUGAAGGGCGAGCGGGUGAAAAGAGAAUGUUUGAUGGAAGUGCUGGGCAGAGCCCGGGCCGCGGAAGUGGAGACUUCGUCCACGCUCGGCUUGUGAGUGGGAGAAAGGCUGAUUGCCACUUGCCCUUAGACGACCCAAACUACCAGUUACAGCCGCCUGCGGCCCGAGGUUUUCCUUUGCGUCCGGCACGGCCGUUGGUUGUUGGCCGCCCAGCCUGGCCCGCCCUGCGGCUCCCUCGCAGACCCGCUGCUGCUUUCCCCUACGCGGGAGCUGUGCGAACGAGGCCGUGGCGGAGGCUAAAGUCAGCGGGACCACAAAGAAGAAACAGCCUCACUUGUCUAACCCCGAGGCAGUUACUUCAGCUUAACUCUGAUUGGGUAGAAGAAAUGUCUAGUCCACUUGUGUGGUUUUUAUGUCGGUUCUUAUUAUGGUUGAAUCAGUGUUUCCAUGGGAGGCUUGGUUCCCUGUGCGCUUGGAGGGUGCUUGCUGAUUCUCACAAGGGCCUGGACAGAUCAAGUCUGGAAUGUGGAGCUGCUUUGUGUGUGUGUGUGUGUGUGUGUGUGUGUGUGUGUGUGUACGCACGCCCGCGAGGUGGGUGUUGAUCAAGGUGGAUACUGCAAACUUUUGUCAGCUCAGAAUCGGUGGUGGGGAGCAACCCGAGGCAGGUUUACUUCCACAUAACCUGGAAGUGCUGAGGCCUGAGCCGUGUGAGCAGGAUUACAGGGGGUGCGGACCCUUACUGAAAGGAAGGAGGACACACUUCUCUCUUUGUGUGCAGACAGUAGUGUGAUUGUAACAAGUGCCGUAGAUCAGGGUGUGAACCACCUGUUCAAACAGGUCGCAGUACUGAACCCUUUGGAAAUGAGGGUUUUCAAAAACACGAAUUUGUUGGAAGUAAAGAGCUUAUUUUAGAAUAUAAUUCACUUCUUUUCAUUGAUUCUUUGUUAGGAAUCAGUAGGAUUUACUGUGAGCUCAAAGCAUCUUUCAUAAAGAAGUGUUGUGACUUCCAUUCAAAAAGAAAGCUGUGGCUUCCAACUUGUUUGUUCUGGUUGCUUAGAAAAACAAUGUGCUCAGAUAAGAAUCUUCAGUCUCUUCCUCUUCCUGAGAAUAUUUAAUUGUGUAUUUAAUAUGCUGGAAGUUAGCUUUAUGCCAUUUGGAGAAAAACUUUUUUUGCGUUGGGCAGCUUUUGCUGCCUUUCAUGGAGUCUGUGAAACCGAGUGACCUGCCACCGGGCUGCUGUGGGUGCCGGGGGUGCCGUGAAGGUUGCAGAGGGUGGACACAGGCCGGGGUGGGCUGGUGGUGAGGUGGAGGCUGCCCUCCGGCUGGGCCAGGUGUGUUGUGGACCCCGGAAGUAUGGGACCUGCGGAGAGGACGGAGGCAGAGAUCCUUAAAAGAGACGACGUAUCUGACUCCUUGGCAAAACCACCCGCAUCCCGAAGAUGUGCUCCACGAACCCGGGCAGCUGGGUCACUUUCGAUGAUGACUCUGCCUUUCAGUCUCCAAAGCCAAGGAGUUUCCCUCUGGAGAACCAAGGUGUCUGUAGACCGAAUGGACUGAAGCUGAACCUCUCUGGCCUCAAAGAAUUCCCCAGUGGAUCGUCCUCGACCAGCAGCACCCCUCUGUCUUCUCCCAUUGUCGACUUCUACUUCAGCCCAGGACCGCCGAGCAACUCUCCUCUUUCUACACCUACCAGAGAUUUCCCAGGUUUUCCCGGCACACCCAAAGCAGGGCCUCAUGUGCUGUGUCCUAUUCCAGAAUCUUCUUCACAUGGCCCACUCACAGCAACUGGGGCAGGUUCCUCCUUACUGCCUGCUAAACCAACCUGUGUACCCCAGGCUUUCUUACCCGGUGACCUCCCUUGCGCAGGAGUAGGACCUACUCCCAAAGUAGGUCUUCCAGAUGAACUUUGCCCUCCGCAGGCUGAAAACACAGCGGUCCAAAGUGAUGCUCCCCAGUUUCAGUACUUCCGGGAGGACUGUGCGUUUUCAAGUCCAUUUUGGAAAGAAGAGAGCGGUGCUUCUCAGUUCACUUUUGAGCCCCCAGGGAGCAGAAAGAUGUUCUCACCAAGAGACAAGGGGAUGCCAGUUGAUCAAAAAAGCCUAAAUAAAUGCUCACUCAGUUACAUCUGUGAGAAGCUCGAGCACCUCCAGUCCGCUGAGACCCGGGACCCGCUUGGAGAGGGGUCUGCGCACUGUCCCUGUGCUGAAGACCCCGCCUUUGUCCCCCACACGCUCUUCAGGAGUCAGCCCAAAGCUGGGUGGGCCUUCAUGCUGAGAAUUCCUGAGAAGAAAAACAUGAUGUCUUCCCGGCAGUGGGGACCAAUUUUUCUGAAAGUUUUACCUGGAGGAAUCUUGCAGAUGUAUUAUGAGAAGGGGUUAGAGAAACCAUUCAAGGAGUUACAGCUCGAUCCACAUUGCAGGCUCUCUGAACCCAAAGUUGAGAGCUUCAGCGUGGCAGGGAAAAUCCACACUGUGAAGAUUGAACAUGUGUCUUACACAGAGAAGAGGAAAUACCACUCUAAGACGGAAGUGGUUCACGAGCCAGACGUAGAGCAGAUGCUGAAGCUGGGGUCCCUGGAGUACCGAGACUUUCUCGACUUCCUGACUACUGUGGAGGAAGAGCUGAUAAAGCUGCCAGCUGUUUCAAAACCCAGGAGGAACUACGAGGAGCAAGAAAUUUCUCUGGAAAUUGUGGACAACUUUUGGGGUAAAGUCACAAAGGAAGACGGGAAAUUGGUUGAAAGUGCUGUGAUAACUCAAAUCUGUUGCGUCUGCUUUGUGAAUGGGAACGUGGAGUGCUUUUUAACCCUGAAUGACCUUCAGCUGCAGAAGCGAGACGAAUGCUGUUUUGAAAAAGAUCCAGAAAAGAAGUGGAUUGAUAUUCUUGACUAUCAUUUGCAUAAGUGUGUGAAAGGACGAGAAUUUGAGCAAACAAGAAUCGUUAAGUUUGUGCCUCCGGAUGCCUGCCAGUUUGAGCUGAUGCGUUUCAAGACUUUGUAUCACGGGGACGAUCUUCCGUUUUCCGUGAAGUCUGUAGUCGUCGUCCAGGGGGCGUAUGUGGAGCUUCAGGCCUUUGUCAACAUGGCCCCGUCGCUUCAGAAGCCAUCCCACACCGGGUCCUUGAGGUGCUGUGACAAUAUCAUGAUACACUUCCCUGUCCCAGCUCAGUGGAUCAAGGCCCUGUGGACCAUGAAUCUCCAGAGGCAGAAGUCCCUGAAGGCCAAAAUGAACCGACCAUUGUGCCUGGGGAACUUACACGAACCCGAAUCUGAACCUGUCAUUCAGGUCACUGUGGGGUCGGCAAAAUACGAGAGUGCCUACCGGGCUGUGGUGUGGAAGAUAGAGCGGCUUCCUGAUAAAAAUUCAAGUCCUGAUCAUCCCCACUGUUUGUCGUACAAACUAGAACUUGGAUCUGACCAAGAGAUCCCCUUGGAUUGGUAUCCAUUCGCGACCGUUCAGUUUUCCAUGGCAGACACCUUUGCCUCGCGGGCGGAGGUCAGGUCUCUGGGGGUGGAAAGCGAUGUGCAGCCACAGAAAAGCAUCCAGCAGCGAGCUUGCUACAACCUGCAGGUUGAAAUAGAAAAGAAAUGGAUUAAAAUCGACGGAGAAGACGCCGACAGAGCGGGCGGCUGCGUGGCGCAGUAGGGGCAGCAAGCGGGGAUGUGGUAGCCGCGCACCGCACACGUAAUGGCAGAAGGCGCAGGAAGUCCCGGCUUGGGCGAUGGGCUGAAACGGCGGCGCUGACUUCCAAGUGUGGGCCGAGGACGGGUCCAAAGGCUGUGUUUAGAAAAGUUUAGACCUCGAACCAAACCGUCUAUCUUUUAUACUCUCCAUGUUUUUGCCCUGUGGGUUGGAUGUAAAAUGAACCUGUAAUUGGUGUGAUGUGUUGCUUUCUGUUGAAGCUCACGGCACUGUUAUCUGAUGUGUGUGUGACCUGGUAGCCAGCAUGGCUGAGGAGUUUUGGAAUUUUGAUUACUCCGUGGCUGAUUGUGUGCAUUGCCUGAGCACCACAUCCCUCCAUCCCCACCUCUUCUUGCUGCGCCAGAGGGCAGAGCACCGAGGGGACCUAAACUAAAGUAAUAAUAUCCCCUCUUCCUCCUUCCUGAAACAUGGUAAGGUAGAGAGUGAUACUGAAACGGACCACAGACUAAAAUGCGGAUUUGGAAGUAUCUGUGGUUUGGGAUGAUUCCUAUUCCUGUUCCCCGGCCACAUUGGUAAAUAGCCUUCGGCUGUAUUUGGCCCCUGUCUUUCCCCUACUGGAUAAUCAUUUUUGAAGUGUGCGGCAAAGGAGCUAUGCACAUAUUUUGGCAUAGGUCACUAAGACACACUGCCUUUUGGCUGGUGAGAAUCCUUUCAAAAUGGAAUAAGAGUGUUGGGCACCAGUUAAAAUAUUUAUGUAUGUUAAAGAUGAAUUUUUAAAGCUCAUAAAUAUUGUUUACUAGAAGUACACACUAAGAAUAUAUUUUGGUAAAGUAUUUGUAAUUAUCACAAGCCUCUCUUUGAGUAGAAGUUACAUCAUAUUAUGAUUGUUUUGUGCUGGUGCUGCUGUCAUGCCAUUUUAUGCUAAUCCUGCUUAAUUUUGAGUAUUUUUCUUUCAAAGAUGCUAAAGUAGAAGACACUAGAUUAUUUUACCUAGAUUUCUAAGAGGAAACAUUUCCUCAAAGCAGGAAAUGACUGUAGUAGUUUAGUUUCUAGUGAAAAACCACCAGCAUUAGCAGUAAUAAUUCUGCUUAUAAUUUCCUUUUAAUAUUUACAGUGACAGUUCAGAAUUUUAAAAUGUAUGAAAUCUGUAUUCAAGGUAUUUUUCAGUUGGAAAAGCAAAUUCUUCCAGGGGGUAUUAACACCCCUUCAGCUUAUGUUGAGUUUUAAAUGUGAUUGGGAGGCAUUUUUCUCUAUUUACUAGAUUUGUUUUGAGUCAAAACUGAUAUAAUGAUCUUCCAAAUAACAUUUAUUUGUUGGCCUACAGAGCUUGUUUCCUGUGUUUUAAUACUGUAUUACAUUCAUUUUAAUCUGUUCAAGAAACAGAUUAAAACAAACACUUAUGGCGAUCUAUAUCAAUCGACAGAUUUUACUGCUUUUUAUUUUUCUUACUACGAAGGCACGUAUUGCCAGUCAUGGUCAAAAUGAAUUGAUAUUGCUCUUUUUAACGUCACUUGAGGCAUUGUUCAUAAUACAUGCUGAAGACUCGCUGUUGAUAUAUAGGAAGGCAAAUCGUGUGUGUGUGUGUGUGUGUGUGUGUGUGUGUGUGUGUGUGUGUCUUUUUAAAAGCCUGCCAUCUUUCCUUAUCAUCUAGCGAGGGCGCACCGUGCUGUGGCUUCUGUCUGCUCAGGAAGAUAGAGACGGGCCAGGUAUGACGCUCUACUCCAGCCCCAGGAAAGUUAGCGAGAUGAUCUCUGCCUUUCCUUUCUCAGUGUGCUCCCCAGCAUCGUACCCAUGAAGAACUCACUUAAUAAAUAUUUACACUUCCAAAUAAGUUCAGCAGAGUGUCCAGUUAAUCCCCCCUUGUGGUUCACGGGCUAUUGUCUGCGUUACCUCACUUCUGGCCUGAGUCCCGAGCUCCCCAGCUUGCAGGGACAUCUCAAAAUUCAGGGCUGGAAAUACAGUAACAAAGGACUGAUAAAAGCCCAAAUUGAGUUUCAGCCACAACCAAAGGUUGAUAGCGUUAAUAGCAGGGUGCUGCAGCGUAAUUGUCAAUUUGCACAUCUAUUAGGACUUUAAAUAUUCAUUACUUAGUGUUAAAUUAGCAUUCUGUGUGGGGUCGAGAAGCUUUUAAUACAGUUUUCCUGACCUUAGGUAUGGCAGGAGGUCAAGCGUGACUGGAGCUCUCUAAGUGAAAAGUCAGGUAGGGUCCAUUUAAACUUGCAAAUUAAGAAGUAGAAACUCCUUUGGCAGAGUAAAUAGUGAUCUUCAGAAAACCCCUGCUUUUAAAGGAAGAGGGAGGGAGCAAAACCACUCUUUUUCUAGCAUUUUAACAUAGGCCAGUUUGUGAAUUGGACCAUUUGGGAGUCAGUUGUUUGAUUGACGCUAUGGCAGACUUCCAAGGCGGUGAUGGUUUGUGACAAGUCACUCCGCGCUAAUCUUCCGGUCCGGUCACCGUGCUACAGUCCUGUUAGUUGUGUGAGUGUAUUCAGGGCUCCAUCAUUACAUAAUCCACUGUGUAGGUCUGAACAUAGGAACAUUCUUUGUUGUAUGGGAAUCAUAAUAGUUUACCCACUAAGAAAGGUAUGAAAAAAGGGUAUUUUCCACCAAACAAAGCCUGGAACUUUUGACUUUGUGUAUUUAUUAGACAGUUUGAGGAUUUUAGUUCCCUUCAUUCUGGAGCUGUGCUUUUUCUUAUAAAUUCAGUUAGAAGGCCUACCGUACUAUGACUAUUAUAAUGUUUUACUCAAAAUAUGAUUUUAUGUCCUAUCAAUAUGAGUAUAAAACAGAUUGAGUCUUACUAAUCAUGUAACAAAGUAUUGUAGAUUGUAUAUUGAUUUUUCUAAAAUUAAAGACGUAUUUCAAAUAA